GUUCCUUUGAAGCAUCACGUUUAAAACACUUCUAUUCAGAUCUAUCAAAGCCUGUUGUCUUGGUAUAAGAGAUUCUGCGUUGAAGAAGAGCUGGUUACGAGUGUAUUAAACGUCACAUCCGCUUUAGAGAAAAUAACACUAGUGCUGCCCACAAUACUAAGUUGGGAGAUACUAAGAUAGAUACCAUCAAUUCAAGUUACAAAUCACUGUGUCACGCCCACGUUUGAAUACAUCAUAAUGGAAAAUAUUAACUAUCAGAGAUUCCUAUCACAAGAAGCCACGAUUUCAUCAAGCAAUCAAAAUGAAUCAUGUCAGCAACGCCAGCAGCGUCAACUACAGCUCCAGAGCCAUGUUUCCCCUCUUCAUAGUCCAACCACGGGUUACUAUGAGAGUACAAAUAUGAAUUCCAAUUACCCUUUACAAGGAGAACAAGCAACCCCUGCGGGCUGGCUCCAACCCGGAUUUCCAACAAACUGUGGUUCCUCCACCAUGGACUUCCCGCCCUUCGGUGUUGAGAACGCCACGGCUAGUACAAAACACGAGGAACACAACCAAUAUCCUCCUCACUCACAUAACUCCCAAUCUCCAGUGACAUCUGUAUCGCCUUCGAGUCCGGAUUAUACCUGUUUCUCAAAGAACCCAUCGGUAUCAUCGACUCUGUCUGGUCAUUCCGACUCUCCGGACUAUACGUAUUCCAAACAGUUUGCAGAGAAAAAAAAUGACACACUAGGCAAUGGGAAGGUGAAGAGAAGAAGUCGUAUGGGAUGUCUCACCUGCCGUCACAGAAAGAAACGUUGUUGUGAAACGAGACCUCGUUGUGUAGAAUGUGCGAGAUUGGGGCUCAAAUGCACUUGGCCAACACCAGGAAGUGAAUACAGAAACAAGCCAAAACACGUUAGAAUCAGUGACGGCAUGCACUACGAUCCGGUCUUCGGAAGUAUAAAGAUCCUCAGAGGUAUCGUCGAGUACAGAGCCGUCAAUGGCACUUCUGAUGAUUAAACGAAAUACCAUUGUACCUGUGGCGUUUUAGAUCUGACAUGCACAAUAUCUCACAGGUACAUGAAGCACCCUUGCGGUCAAAGUGGUACUUCAAGGACGGGUCUCUGGUUCGCGCGCGUCCCCGUCAGUACUAUCAUUUGAGGCAUGGUGAAAAACGAGGUUUCUGGAUAAAGUUCUAUUUUGAUUGUUGUAUAUCUACGAUUGGUUGUUGUUGUUACUGUAUAUUUGCCCACUUUUUCGGGUUGAUAAAUGCUAAUAUGAUGAGUUUUAU